AAUUGGGUUGCGUGUCAGGCUGAACGAUCCACUAGGCCUCAGCAAGUGAGAAACCAUGAUGGCUGCCUAAAAAUGAAGAUGAGCCAAUAACGCAGUAUUGUUUAUGAAAACUCGGCAGGGAGUUUGUUAUAUUUUGAUUGUGGGUAGGGAGGUUGAAUCUGUGACUACAAGAAGCAGUGAAAAGGUGUCAAAUAAUGAACGGGUUAAGUUUGAGUGAGCUUUGUUGUUUGUUUUGUUGUCCUCCUUGUCCAACGAGAAUAGCUGCCAAACUGGCAUUCUUACCACCAGAACCUACUUAUAAUUUUCAAGCUGAUGAGACAGGUUCGAGAUUUAGCCUAAAUUUAACGGAGAGAGCGGAGUGGCAAUAUUCUGAACGUGAGAAGGAGAAUAUUGAAGGCUUCUUCACCAGGACUUCAAGGGGCAACAGAAUUGCCUGUUUAUUUGUGAAAUGCAGUUCGAACGCCAGGUUUACGAUUUUGUUCUCUCAUGGAAAUGCUGUGGACCUGGGGCAAAUGAGUAGCUUCUAUUUAGGCCUUGGUUCUCGAAUCAACUGCAAUAUUUUUAGUUACGAUUACUCAGGCUAUGGUGUAAGUACUGGGAAGCCCUCUGAGAAAAAUUUGUAUGCAGACAUUGAUGCAGCUUGGCAUGCGCUUCGUACUAGGUACGGAAUAUCACCAGAGAACAUUAUUUUGUAUGGACAAAGUAUUGGAACUGUGCCGACAGUGGAUUUGGCAUCACGAUAUGAAGUAGGAGCAGUCAUAUUACAUUCUCCUCUUAUGUCAGGAAUGCGAGUUGCCUUCCCCAAUACCAAGAGGACUUGGUUCUUUGAUGCCUUUCCUAGUAUUGACAAAGUUCCAAAAGUUACUUCACCUGUACUUGUGAUACACGGAACAGAAGAUGAAGUCAUAGACUUUUCUCAUGGUCUAGCUAUUUAUGAACGUUGUCCACGAGCUGUUGAGCCACUAUGGGUUGAUCUAACGGAUACACCUGUGAAUCAGACAGUUGGUGAAUCUAACAGCACCACUGAAGCACAGGAUGAAGUGUCGGAUAGUGAACCUUGUACAAGCAAAGCUGCAAACAAUAAUUCUUGCAAAUCAGAAGUAGAAUCCAGUGCAGCUGUAUGCAAAACUGUGAAAGAUGUAGAAAGUGAAACAAUCAUCCAUCCACCUUAUGAAUUGCCUAGAGAAACUACAUGCUAG